AUGUUCAAAUCCAUCGGAAAGGCCAUCAAGGGUCUCUGGGGCAAGCGUCCCCGUCGCGGCUCCAUGAUCAUCCACGAGGAAGAGUCCUCGCCAGGAGCCCUCAGCCCCUCCUCCCCCACUCUGUCCGACUCGGGCUCGACCUACACCCCUUCGUACAUGACCCUCACCCGCAACGCUGAGGCGUCCGUCAAUGACAUUGCCAACCUCGCCACGGCCGAUCCUGCCUCGUGGACCCAGCGUCUCGACGGUGACUCGGCCUCCCACCACCGAUGUUCUUCCGGAUACAGCUCCUCGGCUCAUGGCCAUGAGUCCGAAGCCUCGACCGUGUGCUCCUGCUGCAGCCCGUCCCUCACCGAGCGGCCGCUCAAGUCUCGCCCCACCUGGCAGUCGUCCAAGCGACCCGUCUCGCCCACGGACUCGUCCAUGACCUCGCCAUCGCCCUCCAUCCCAUCUGCUGCCCCCGCCCGCUGCGAUGGGUCGCCUCGAGAAAGGCACCAGGACAUGUUCCCGUCCAGCCUCAUCCCAGAUGAGCCGUGCCCGCCCCCUCGGCGCUGCCGUCCUUCCUUCGAUAGCCUUCCGCGUCGGUCCGUUGACUCCAGCAAGCUCGAGAAAAUGGCGGCGGCAGCGGCGACGGACCCAAGCGCUGGGUCGGCUCGCUCCUCUACCGUGCCCACGUCGCCGACCGCUGCCGUCGAUCCGUACGACGAGCUUGCCCAGAAUGUCUCCUAUCUCAACGGCGCCUUUGCCCGGGUGAUGAGCGCCCAGAAGAAGAAAAAGGACAUGCUUGUCAAGCAUAGCAGCGAUCCGUACGAGUCGGUGGCCAUGUCGCGACAGCCCACCGGUCGCUCAGUUCGCUCGAUCCAGUCCGCCAGCUCGACCAUCACUUCGCCCGUCUCGUCGUCGUACUAUGCCACCUCCCACGGCGCCAGCAGCAUCCACCAACGCAAGCGCUCCGACCAGACCGACAUGACCUUUGCCACCGAGACCACCCACUGCGACGACCCGGCCGACAAGAUCAAGCGCGUGUACAGCAACACAUCAUCUCGGCACGAAAAGCCGUACUAUGGCAUCGACGCCCACACCUACCACUCCAACCCGCUCGCCGACUUGGUGCUGGAUCUGAAGGAGAUGAAUAUGGACGAGCUCGGCGAAAAAUACACGGCGCAGGGACUGCUGCUGAGUCCAAAGUCCUUCCACUCUGAAUUCACAACGGCAACGAGCUGCAGCUUUGUCGAGCACGACCUGGUUGUCGAGCUGCAGCCGGCCAACAUCGUCAAUGAGAUCAACAUGGACCGCAACCUGCACUUCAACAAGGCCGAUGCCGUUGCGACACCCAGGGCCGAGACGCCCAAGCCCUUCAAGUCCAUGAAGGCCAGCACCGAGGACCUGCUCAAGCUCAUGAACGACAAGCAGCAGCGCGGCGUUGGCAAUGCCUCGGUCUCACCCAAGAUGACUGUGCUGCAGUCCAGCCCGGCCAGCCCAAGCAGCCCGAUGAGCCCGAUUAGCCCGAUUAGCCCGAUCAGCCCAAGCAGCCCUUACAACAGCCCGUCACCGCUCUCGGCUUCGGUGCAGCACUCUCCGCCGGCAAGGCGUCAGCCUCGUACCUUCAGCCGCCGUGACGCUGACGGCGACUGGAUCUGCGACACUCACUCCAACUUUGACUGCCCGGCAUGCACAGGUCUGCUGGAUCGGAUCGUGGUCAAGACGGACGUGCACGUCAUCGCCUGA